CCAGAGUUCUAAACCUUCAUCCAGUGUCGCUCCACAGUACUGACUGCCCAAUGGCAUUGUCUCAGCUCUGAGCAUUGUCCAAUAGGCUGGCUCGGGCAGGUCUCAUUUAUGACCCUUUGUCCAAUGGCGUGGUUUGUCUAGGGAUGUGUUAACCAAUAGCUUUUCCCUGCUGGAGGGGAGGGACUGGUGGAACCUGCAGUGUUUCAGUGUUGCAGGAGUCCCUGAUUUCCGAAAGUACUCCUCCCUCCUCUCUCUCAUUCCCUCUGUGAGAGACAGACAGAGAGAGAGAGCCUACAGUACUGUGCAGUGCAGAACGAGAUGAGGCAGGGAGGACUGUCAAACCCUGACAUCCACAGACAGAGAAAGAGAGAGAGAGAGCUCAAAAACAGACACCCAGCCUCUCUCAAAUCAUCAACCAAGCCUGGCUGCUGACAAAGAUAAACAGAUUGAAGGAGGAAGCCUCUAGUCCUGUAACACAUCUGACCGUAUCACACACUGUGUCGCAUUACCGGACGUGUGCUUUGUGAUUUGCCGUAUGCUUCGUGUAUGUGAUCUUAGGACAGGGGAAAGGGAUCCGUCCUGUUCAAGACUGCUGGCUUGUGCGGAAGACACUGCCUCGGAAUUCACUGGGAGGAAACGGAGAUACGAGGAGCUAAGACACAGGCAUCCGGCUAGCCCUGCCUAGCUGUGCUCCCCCUGCCUGCCUGCCUGCCUGCCCGCCUGCCUGUUUGAAGGAUUUGAAUUCCCGUUCUCCACCUACCGCCUCUGCAUCCCAUUCCGACGUUUCCAAGAGGAGUUUCUGUUUCUCCCAUCCGGAGAACCGAUCCGGGUGCCGUCCCUGCGAUUGCAAGGAGGCGUUCCUCCUCCGUUUGGGAUUUGAGGGAAUUUUGGGGUGAAUUUGAAGGAUUGUUGCUGUUCCAGGUUUUUCUUAGGGUUGCAUUUGUUCCACAGCUCUUGCGAGUGUGUUUGUGAACGGAGCGCUGUGCAGGAACCUAUUAAAUCACGUUCGAAAAGGACGUUUACUGGACAGGAUUCAUGAAAGCUUUUCAGGAAACGUUGGGGUCGCAUGAAUUAUUAAAAACAGUUCCUCUGAUGGGAAAAUGAGAUUCUCUGUAAUCUCUGUGCGAUACAGAGCAGAGCUAAAAGGGGACGCUGGAACUGGCUGAAAAUCAACGUUUGUGAUUCCAGGUUCCAAGGCUGUGAUUUCAAGAAGCAGUUUUAGUAUUGGCUUGGCAGAGGCCUGCAUCUCUAUUUCUGAAUGGUUUUGAGUGGCAGGCCUGGGUGCUAGUCUGUGUAACUGUGGAGGUUGCAAGGGUAUGGCUCGCAGUAUGUAGGGUUUCACCUGAAUAAUGAAAAUAAAUCAAAAGACUGUGGGCAGAGAGAAAUCAUUUUUUAAUGUCAAUUUAAUUUGUGAAAUUGAGGCGUUUUUUUUCUCUAAAUCCUUAAACGGUUUGCGAAAAAGCCACAUUCGAAAUUUGAAACUGGAGUCGCACACAGAGGACGCACGCAGGUUUAGGGUUGAACAGAAUCGAGGAGUUGUGAAAAAUCCAACCCAUUCCAUUUAAACCCCCUCAUGCCGGCGCGCGAGAACAGGCAGGACGGAGCGGGUUUCAGAGUUUGGUGGGUAGCAGAAACGGGUCCAUUUACAGCAGACCGUUUGUAUUCGAGGGGUCGUUGGUUGUGAGCAGGUAGAAACCGCAGUGAAGGAGAGAGAGUGUUUUAGUGAGUGAGUCGGUGAAUGAGUUCUAAAUAUAAAUGGUGCCUAAUUGACUGGGUAGGUCCGAUCGAUGUCUGCUGCAGGAAAACUAAUUCUGUACAGUAAUUGCUAAUGCACAGGAUGUCGUGGUAGCGCUGUAGUGUGGUUGUCUUGUAAUAUCGGAGUAUGUUGCACUCGUCCUUUGCAAUGUGCUGAAGCUCUCUGAUACGGUCCACGUGCACUUUCACUUGUCGGAACCCUGUACUGGCCGCCACGAGGCUACGGACCCAUGACACAGAUCAGAACCACGAUUCUAGACCCUGAUUUGGAGAAUAGGAUGCUUGAAAGAACUGGACCGGGUGCGCCAAACCCCAGAGCUUUUAUCACGAGCUUCGUUUUAUCAGCUCAGGACUGCAAAAGACAUUGAGAUAUUUAAUUUUUUUUUUAGUAUUAUAAUGAAUUAUUUAACCAGGAAUAAACCUAUUAAGAACACAUCCUGCCACAGAGAGAAACACACACUGUAUUAUUGCUGUUAUUAUUUAGUGAUUUAGCAGGCUCUCUUAUCCAAAGCGACUUCCAACAGGACCUCGUUUGUUUGACGUCUCAUCCGAAGGGCGGAGCACAAGGAGGUUCAGUGACUUGCUCAGGGUCGCACACACACACACACAGAGUGAUUCAGUGAGAUUGAACCGGGAGCCUCCUGCUAUCAAGUCGUUUUCUCUAACCCCUGGACCCCCGUGCCUGCCAUAUUGUAUUGCUGUUGUUAUUGGUGCUGCUAGUGCUGUAUCUUUAGCCUGGUCUGGCUCUCGGCGUUGAUUUUUGAGGUCAGACGGGGGCCGCAUCUCUCUUCGUAAGACGCUGACCGCUCUCUCUUGAGAGAGGAGUGAAAGUGAAAAGAAACACCAGCAGGGAAAAUAGACCGAGGAGAGAAGAGUGUUUAAAGACAAAGUGUUGGAUACAAGAGACUUCGAUUCCAGGAUAUAACAGACUGAUUUUAUAUAUAGAUUGUUAUCACUAACCCUGUGCCUGGGACAGCAAUGCACACGUCUCUCUGUGAAUGUGAUUGAGUGAACGCACAAGCACAUAUAUAUAUAUCUCAAAAACAUUUGUAAAGAAAGUUACAACGAAGACAGACCAAGAGACGGACAGACGGACAGAUCCGCCACCAUGGACAUGCUCCCCAAACCCAAAUACAGCCACCUCCGUAAUGAGUCCGUGAGCUCGGUGGACGCCCUGCUCCUGCCCCCCUCUCCCGGGGGGUACAGCUCGGACACGCAGCUCCUCUCCCCCACCCCCUCCCUCUCCCCCCUCCCUCCCCUCGCCUCCCCUGCCCCUUUCUCCCCCUCCUCCCACUCGAUCACCCCCAUCCUGCCCCCUGACGACAGCCCCACCACCCUCUGCUCCUUCUUUCCUCGCAUGGGGGGUCUGCGCCUGUCCGGCCCCGGGGGGCUGCUGCCUGGUUUGAGGGUCUCUAGAGUUGCUGGAGAGGUCUCGUCUCCCCUAACCCCCUCUCCUCUCCCCGCUGAUGCCCAGGAUAUGAAUCGGCUGGGGGCCGGAGGGAGGCGCACGCGCGUGGAGGGGGGCCAGCUGGGCGGGGACGAGUGGACGCGCCAUGGCAGCUUCGUGAACAAGCCCAUGCGAGGCUGGCUGCACUCGGACACCACGGUCAUGGGGCCCGGGGUCUCCUACCAAGUCAGGUAUAUGGGCUGUGUGGAGGUCCUGCAGUCUAUGAGAGCUCUGGACUUCAACACCCGGACUCAGGUCACCAGGGAGGCGAUCUCCGUGGUGUGUGAGGCGGUGCCCGGAGCCAAGGGAGCUCUGCGCAGGAGGAAGCCCUCCACUCGCUCGCUGUCCUCCAUCCUGGGGAAGAGUAACCUGCAGUUUGCCGGCAUGUCCAUCAAUCUGAGUGUGUCCACCAGCAGCCUCAACCUGAUGGCUACGGACUGCAAACAGAUCAUUGCUAACCACCACAUGCAGUCCAUCUCAUUUGCGUCAGGAGGGGACCCAGACACUGCUGAAUAUGUUGCAUACGUUGCCAAAGAUCCCGUCAAUCAGAGAGCCUGUCACAUCCUGGAGUGCCCGGAGGGUCUUGCUCAGGAGGUGAUCAGCACUAUCGGCCAGGCCUUCGAGCUGCGCUUCAAACAGUAUCUGAAGAACCCGCCCAAACUGGUCACGCCCCACGACAGGAUGGCCCCCUUCGAUGGCUCUGCCUGGGACGAGGAGGAGGAGGAGCAGCCCCCCCCUGAUAUCCAGUACUACAAUGACUUCCCCGGCAAGGACCCGCCACUGGGAGGACUGGUGGACAUGAGGGGGCCCCGCAGCGCCACCACCGGAGCUACACUGCCUGUGGGUCAGCCGUCGGGGGCUCAGCUGGACUGUCUGAAGCAGCUCCCUGCACUGGCAGGUUCCGCUAGAGAGAGGGACCCCGCUCCGCCCCUGCCGACCGUCAAGCCCUCCGGCCGCUCUGACCUCUUCGAUGACCCCUCAUACGUCAACGUGGACAAGCCCCGCCCCCCAGCCGCCUCCGCAGCCAAUGGGAAUGCACACCGAGACGCCUUUGACAUGAAGCCCUUCGAGGACGCGCUCCGAGUCCCGGCGGCGCCCCCUAUGGAGGAGCAGCUGCGGCGCGAGCUCUGGUUCCACGGGAAGGCGAGUCGGAAGGAGGCGGAGAAACUGCUGCAGGAGAACGGAGACUUCCUGGUGAGGGAGAGCACCACCACCCCGGGACAGUACGUGCUGACAGGCCUGCAGGGGGGGCACCCCAAACACCUGCUGCUCGUCGACCCCGAGGGAGUGGUGCGGACCAAAGACCACCGCUUCGAGAGCGUCAGUCACCUGAUCAGCUACCACAUGGACAAUCACCUGCCAAUCAUCUCGGCGGGCAGCGAGGUGUGCCUGCAGCAGCCCGUGGAGCGGAGAGCGUGAGGCUCCCAGCAUGCCCUGCUCCAGAGCCAGACAAGACGCCUCCCUCGGACACCUCGCACGCACACACACACGGGCAAAGCACAGACAAUCUGGGGCUUACUUCACAUGCUCCUACAAACACAGACAGACAGACAGACGCUUAACAAAGCUGCAGGCUCCUCAUUCAGUCUGUCAGCAGACCGCACAGGCAAAGAAAAACACAAAACAAGAUUAUUUAGACUUGUUCCUGUUUAGAAAAGUCACAGAUUGGUGAAAUUUUUAAUGAUGUUAGAAGUGACCCAGCUAGUUCAGGAUUAGCUGUUUGCAUUGUAUGUUUCUAGAUCUCAUGGUACAGCCUGGGACUGAGGAUUGAGAUACUCACACAGUGAUGCAGUAACCAAAGCAGCCGCUCCCACAGCAGAGACUGGAGACUUGACAGCAACGCCUUUUAAUUCUCAUAGGCUUUUUAUACUUCAAUCAGUCUAUCUGAUGUGGGAGGGGUUAUAUUAGAGAGGCGGGGCUAUCCUGGAAUGGAACUUCGGAACUGAGGAUGGAACCUUUGACAAAGCACAGAGAUUCUAAUCAUUCCAUAUAUAAAUAGAUGUGUAAGUAAUCUGAUUUUUUUUUCUUUAAGGAGCACAAAAGUGCUCUCGCCUUCCUUUUUUUUUAUAUAUAUAAACUUGGAGAAGCUUUUUUGGAAAUGGGAGAAUCAUACAGUUUGUGUACUCAUUAUAAUAAUAAUCAGAAGUGGCACAAAGUCUUUUUUUUCCAUACGGAAAUAUGCAAGUCCACUUUUUCUCUCUGGGAAGAUAAGAGGUUGCACAAAAAAAACAUUUGGGAGAACUUGCACCAGAGAGAACCGCAGUUACACGUGUCUGACACAAGGGGGAGCUUGUCUGUUUCACUGCGGAAUUAUUGUGGUUUACAGCCUAUACAAAUCAGGAGAGCAGCCAAUGGGAUUCCUGCACGGGGGUCAUGUGAUGCAGGAGGAAGCGGAGGAGCCGUUGCGUUUUCAUCACCGCGACUGUUGCUUCAACUGAACAUUUUUUACUGAAUUAUUAUUGUGCUGCAGAAUCCUGGAAUGAAAUCGAAGCGUAUCCAUCUGGAUGGAUGGUUCCUGAGCCAAGUAAGGCUGUCGGAGCUCCAAAAGGGCUCUUGGAAGUUUAAAUUCUCAGUGGCUGGAUGGAUGGGUGGCCCAUUUCAACCAAAGCACAUGCACUCAGCCAGAACCCAAGUGCAGGGGAGCACUCUGCUUGUCUGGAGCGGGAGUUUGGGGGGGAAAGGGGGGGGUGGAACGACACUGUAAUUUGAAUGACGAUGCUAACAUAGCAAAGUCUAACUGCAGACCCUGUGAAAUCUGUUUGCAUCAUGUGGUGUGUGUCAGAUGGGAGAUGGGAGCGGUUCAGCUGUACCGUUUAUUCUGAAACGCUGACCAGGAACAAACCUGGCUUUCUCCUUGUAGAAUAUACUUUCAAAAUUUUGAAUUAGCUGGAAAGUUGAAGUAUAAUUCCUACUAUAUUACAGUAAAAAACUAAACUCACCAGUAAAAUAGACCGGUCAGCCCCUCCCAUCGCCAUCUCCUAUUAAAGACAGUGGAGUGAAGCCCUCUUCUGUGCAGUAGAAUGGGUGCUACUGAUUUCCAUUCAUUCCUGCAGGUGGUUUUAUGAACCCUGCUGUAUGAACGGGUUCGAGCAGUCCGGUUUGUCCCAUGUUGGAAUGCUUGUCCCAGCACUGGUUCUGAACUCUGAUCGGGUUCGUUUUGAAUGGACCGGUCCCGGAGCUCACACAGCCCAGCUCUUGGUUCAUGAGUCUGGCGGAUAUUCACAGGCAACCUUGAUUUAACAAAACUGCUUCGAACCAGGAGGUGCUCCGAUAAUCAAACUGUGAAAAUUGUGUACCCGACACCUCCUAAAGAAAAUUCAACCCCUUUACCUGUAAAUACAUAACACAUUGACGCUGCACUGUUAAAUAGAGAGCCCAUUGUGUGACCACAGAGCAGGAGAGCACAGCACACAACAGCAGUGCUGCGCUAACCCAUCAUUUGAUUAUUGGAGUCAGUCUUUGCUGGCGAGGGCCGUUGCUGCUGAUUGAGCUAAUGUACCAUUUCCAGUAGAAACGAGGGACGAAACAGCUGCUUGGGUUUGUGAGGAUCGCUGCUCUCCGCAGACUAAGAAAAGCAGCGAUCAUCACAAACCCAAGCAGCUGCUUCUUCACUUUUAAAUCUCGUAAGUCCUGUCCCCAUCAGAAUGUUUCAGCAGCAGGGAGCGUACGUCUCGCACUCGGAACGUCGAUGACAAAAACAGUGCUGUGUUUUGAUCAGUCGGAUCAGUUAAAAAUGCUCCAGAUCAGCCCGAUCAACACCAGUGAGUCUCGCCGUGAUCAGCCCCUGAUUUCUGCAGAGCGAGCGAUCCCGAUAAUCAAGUAAUCAGCUUGUGCUGCACUGGCUCAACCGGACGGGUUAGAGGCGCUGGUGAUGUUCACUCGGUUUUACUGCACAGAGAGUUCGGUAUAACAGGAGUCUGGGUACUUCAUUCAAAAUCCGGUUCAUCUCUUGAGCUCUCGAGCCCCCGUCUGGCACUUUUGAGUUUACAGCUUUUUUUAAUGAGUUUGAAAAAGACGAAAUGCAGCGAAACUGUUGAGUGCACAAUCCUGACUUGCAGGGAUAGAAAUAACCACAGUCAAGUGUUAAAACCUGGAAUGGAUGAAACUGCUGUGCAGUAGGAGUCUUAUUCCCAUCCCUGCUGGUGUGCAAACGGGGGACAGUCUGUCUGUCUGCAGCUUCUGAGCCGCGUACGCUCUGUGGUGUUGGGCAGAAGCGACUCCAGUCAUAUCAAGCCUGUUGAUUUGAUUGGGUAGUCUCGAGUCCAGUCAUAUCAAGCCUGUUGAUUUGAUUGGGCAGAAGCGACUCCAGUCCUAUCAAGCCUGUUGAUUUGAUUGGGUAGAAGUGAGUACAGUCUUAUCAAGCCUGUUGAUUUGAUUGGGCAGAAGCGACUCCAGUCCUAUCAAGCCUGUUGUUUUGAUUGGGCAGAAGCGACUCCAGUCUUAUCAAGCCUGUUGAUUUGACUGUGUAGACUCGAGUCCAGUCAUAUCAAGUUGCUGUUGUUUCAUCAGCUUUUUAGUAAACUUCCCAGCUCGGACCCCUAUACACAGACCCCCCCCCCCCCCCCCCCCCCCCCCUCCAGUAGAACUUCUGAAGCACAGCCUCUUACAACCCCAUCUCCCCUCUUUAAAGUGUACCACAGUAAAUUUGCACCGUCAUUUUUGCAGUUUUCCCAAUGCUUUUCAGAUGAUUACACUAACUAUGCUUUACCAGACCUCUCUGUGCUUUACAAUGCUUCCCUAUGCUUUACCAGACCUCUCUGUGCUUUACAAUGCUUCCCUAUGCUUUACCAGACCUCUCUGUGCUUUACAAUGCUUCCCUAUGCUUCACCAGACCUCUCUGUGCUUUACAAUGCUCCCCUAUGCUUUACCAGACCUCUCUGUGCUUUACAAUGCUUCCCUAUGCUUUACCACACCUCUCUGUGCUUUACAAUGCUUCCCUAUGCUUUACCAGACCUCUCUGUGCUUUACAAUGCUUCCCUAUGCUUUACCAGACCUCUCUGUGCUUUACAAUGCUCCCCUAUGCUUUACCAGACCUCUCUGUGCUUUACAAUGCUUCCCUAUGCUUUACCACACCUCUCUGUGCUUUACAAUGCUUCCCUAUGCUUUACCACACCUCUCUGUGCUUUCACUGUGCUUUAUCACACUUUGCUGUGCUUUUUCUGUGCUAGACUUUCAUUGGGGAGUUCUCCAAGUGGAUUUGAAAGUGUUAAUGAAACGUGCCUUGGCCCGACCGUGGCCUGAUCUUGGUGAUGCAAUCCUGUUGCGUUAUUGUUUUAUAAUCAUAAGAGGAGCCAAAGACUGGAGGGAAAGGGAGGGGCCAGUAUCUCCAGUAAAUGUUGUGACCAAUCGCAUCUCUCUCUCUCUUCGCCUCUCAUUCUAUCCCCGCCCCCUUGCAGGGAAUGGGAGGGGCUUGUGGGACAGAAUAAGAAAAUGAAAAAAAAUACGAGACAAACAUGUUCAGUUUGCAUGCUGCACAUUUAACUGGUGCAGUCACAUUAAACAGAAACAUUUGCAAAAAAUACACAGAAUCUUAAAUUAUUAAUUUAAUUUAUUAUAUUUGAUUGGGUUUGCCUGUAUUUUUUUUAAGUGUUAUGGACAAAUCCCUACAAGCUUUAUUGGAGCCAAGAUUAGUGGUAGGAUUGUAAAGUAAAACCAAAACCCAGAACCCUUCAAAACAUAUCUGUGCAAAGGAGAGGAGAGGAGAGGAGAGAGAGAGGCUUGAGGUUCAGCCCCCCCUGUCCUUUCCUGAGGUUUCAUCAGACAGGAGAAGUUCCAGGUAUUACCAGCAGAGGUGCUAGAGAGUGCACCAGACCUCUGCAAACUAAACUAAAGCUCUUUCAGGUGUGAUCAACUAAAUAUCUGAUUUUCACAAAACUUUUCUUCCCUGUUGAUUUAAACAAGGUAAUAUUCUAGAACGGUUUUGGGAAUGUAAGAUUGCACAGAGCACCGGGAUGCAGCUUAACAUAUAGGAGGCUGUGUGGUCCAGUGGUUAAAGAAACAGGCUUGUAACCAGGAGGUCCCCGGUUCAAAUCCCACCUCAGCCACUGUCUCAUUGUGUGACCCUGAGCAAGUCACUUAACCUCCUUGUGCUCCGUCUUUCGGGUGAGACGUAGUUGUAAGUGACUCUGCAGCUGAUGCACAGUUCACACACCCUAGUCUCUGUAAGUCGCCUUGGAUAAAGGCGUCUGCUAAAUAAACAAAUAAUAACAUAUUAAAAACACUGGGAACAGCAUGCCUGCCUAACGGUGAAAGAGCCGAAUCAGUGAAAUAUUGAAUAGGGAAAUAUCCAGGGAGUGCAGAGUGUAGCAAAAAGUAUUGCAGCGUGCGUGCGUGUGUCUUUCCAGCGGAACUGUAGGUCAGUAUCUAGAAUGCUUUUUUGCUGAGAAGAUAUUGAUGGAUCACGCUGCUGUGUGCUUAAAAUUAAGGCUUUGUUGUGAUUUUAAAUACACUCUCUUAAAUAUUUGUUUCCUAGAUUCAUUUUUGCAUUGAAACGCAGGAAUGGAAAUAAGACUCCUAUUGCACAGCAGUUUCACCCCUUCCAGGUUUUACUAAGAGCUUGGUUAGGCCCAGUGUGUUUAAGUAACAAGUUCAGGUGUGUCUUAUUAUUAAACUCCUAGCGAAACCAGGACUGGAUCAAACUGCUGUGCAACGGGAGUUAGUUCCAUCCCAGAAAUGGGUUGAUGUAUGGAAUGAAAGUACUGUGUUUCUUGUGAAAGCUGCAGGCUGUUCUGUAACACACCCAUCAGUGUCCAUUUAAAGAGUUCUGUGCCUUCCUCGCUGGAGAGAGAGAGAGAGCACUAGAACACUUUCAUUUUUUAAAACAUGCAAACUUCUCCUACUGUUGAAAUCUUACACCAGCGCUGGUGCCUCAGUGCUUUAUCUUUUCUGUUUUUUGUUGAUUGUCUUUGAUCAUGAUAUUGAUGUCAUAAUGUAUUGUGAUUUAUUGAAAUGUUUUAUUGUUUGUUUGGGAGGAGGUGAGGAGGGGUGGCCUGCUGGAAACAUGAACAGUAGAGCAGGCAUCAAAAUAUCCUGAUAUCGGUCUUAAAAUGCUCCCCACUUACUGUGGUGGUCAACAUUCAUAGCACAAAACUAUGCAGUCUGUUCCAACAGUGGAUAUUACAUAUGGAUUGAGAUACAUAUACCCCCCACCCCCCCAGUUCCCUAUACAAAGAGGUGUAGAUAUAGACUAUGCAAAAAAAAAAAGAAUUAUUAAGAAAUCUCGCGUUUUUUAUUAGAAUUAAUUAGAAUUUUUAAUGAAUCAGAUUGAAGCCAAAAUAUGUUUAAGUGUCUCACCGCUCUUUAUUGGGCUGGUGUUCAGGCCUGAGUCCGCUAUUUAUUUUUCUGUUUAAAUAUGAACAGAAAUAUUAUGAUUUUCAAAGGUGGACUCGCUUCCUGUUUCCAGUGUCAUUUAAGGAAACGACUUUGUCUUGCAGUUCCUGGCACGUUAUUCUUAAUGAGCCUCCCUACCAGCAGGGGGCAGUCCAGAUUAAGACACAGCCGUUAGCACUCCAUGGGGAGCAAAACAGAGCGAUAUCUAUGAACACUCCUGUAAUCUGUCUCUCAGUAACCCUAACACUAAGCCUUGCGUUUGUUUGCGAGACCACAGGAUAGGAAAGGCUGUAAAACCUGUACUGACAAAAUCAUUAAGAAUUUAAAAUAUUAUUAUUAUUAUUAUUAUUAUUAUUAUUAUUAUUUGUUCUUGGAUGCAAGUGGAAUUGUACCAUUAAGAAAUGACAAACGUUUAAAAGUAGGAAAUCAGAAUUUGAACACUCCUGUGUUUACUAAGCCUCUUUCACACUGGCAUGCUCUACCCAGGUCGGAACCUGCCCAGGUCAGGACCCGGUGUCAUGUGGGUCGGGUAUGUGAUUUCACUCUGCUUUUGGUAAAGCAGGGUUGACCUGGGUGACAGACGCAAGCGCACGACGCACAUAUCAAUGCCCUGGAAGCAGCUUGUUACUGACGCUUCCAUCCAAGCUUCUCUGGGUUGAACCGUCGGCCCUUGAUUGGAGCGAAUGAAACAUGAAACUGCUCCCCAGUGUCGGCCAUUGUGGCUCAAGUUCUUCAUGUAUUUACAUGCAGCGCUGGCUCCACCUAGAUCCACAAUGGAGCCAGCUUGACAACCCCACACUGAUCACCUCUUAAACUUUGUUAAACUCUGUGCCUUGACAUCUCAUCCUGAAGUGCCACCAAAUCCUUACCUUUUCGAAACGUCUCCUUUCUGUAAAUACCCUGUUUUCUCUUGCUGUAAUCGUGCAUGUUCAUGAAUUAUUAUAUUAUGAAGCCAAAGCAUAGUUUAUAUUAUUAUUGUAUUCUGUUAUUUUGCGCAUCCCGUUGCUGUUGAUUUUCUCCAGAGUUUGAAGAUUGUAAAAUGUUUUAUUUUAUCUUUUGAAUAUAUCAUUUUGUUUUGCGGUU